CUUCACUUGUCGGCCGUUUUUCUUUUGCUUUCUGCUUUUUGUCAUGUUUGACAGCGUUGGAGAUGCUGAUGGGCAAGACUUUCGUGAUUGACAUGUCUGGCGUUAAACUGUUAGCCCAGGCCUUGUUCGUGUCAAUAAAAGACUUCACUUUAUGCCCAGUGUAAUCUCGGCCUAACAUUGGAGCCUUUUCAUACUUGAAGAGCUUAGACUUAUUGAGCGCUCAGGUGAUACGGACUGAUUCUUUCAGGUUCGAUAGCUUGGGCUUGUAGGCUACAACAGGGCCUAGGGCUCAAGGUGCGAGUUGCGAGAAAUGUGAGUAAUCACCAUCAGAUUUCAUAGGCCGACGCCUAUGCCUACACCUUCAACAUUGCAAAAAUGGCCCAAGAGCAAAAGCAGGAAAGCUUGAAUCUCGAGGAAGUUGGUGCUGAUGUGGCUUCUCAGCCAGGAAACCCCGAAUCCAUCCCCCUUUUAAAAAUCUCCAAAGUUGCGACUGAUCCAAACCUCCCAGAAGAGCAGAAAACUCUAGCAAACAUCGAUGAGAUCUUGGCCUUGGAGUCCAUUGCACCUGCCGUUUUCGACGACGAAGAUGAUGACACAGACGAUGGAUAUCCGAGGGACGUUGACAAGGGUUGGGCCUGGGUCGUCCUUCUUGGAGGCUUCCUUGCAUUCUCCCUUCUUUCAGGUCCGCUGGCAUCGUACCUCAUCCUCAGAUUCGGCUGUCGUAUCACCAUCAUGAUCGGCGGGAUAUGUGCGAGCAUCGGGUACCUCGGGACUGCUGGGGCACCCAAUCUGGGAGUGGCCAUCUUCACAUAUGGAAUACUGGCUGCCUUGGGUCUGAGCCUGAACUUCAGCGGCUGGGUGAUCGCUCUGGGGACGUACUUCCAGCAGAAGCACUCCAUCGCGACCGCCCUGGCCAUGACCGGCUUCGGGUGCGGGCUGUUCUUCCUCGGCCCGGCCGUCGAGGCCUGCGUCAGCUUUUACAGCUGGCGGGGGUCCUGCCUCAUCAACGCGGGGCUCGCCCUGCACUUCUGCGUCUUUGGGGCUCUCGUCUUUCCCAUCGUCGUCGUCACUCAGCAUGAGGACGAAGAGGAGGAGCAAGAGAAGAAGGAAUCUCUUGAAGAGGAGAAAGUUGAGGAGAAAAAGGAAGACGGAGAGACGAAAGGAGAUGCAGAGAAGAAGAAGGAGGCGCAGGAAAAGGAGGCGGUUCAACAGCUGAUUCAGUUCAACAGCGUGACCAUCGUGCCCGGAGUGGCCCGCGUUCCGGAGAUGCAGCCCCUCCAUCGCCGCUCCCAGUCGGCGUCCUCCCUCGGGCCCCGGACCGCCUCCUCGGGCCCCAGCUCCCUCCACGGCUCCAUCCGUGACAUCAAGUUCUCGCCCGCGGCCGCCUACCUCUCGCACUCCAUCCGGAGCCUCACGGAGGCGACGCGGCAGCAGUCGCAGAUGGGAGCGAGCUCAGACAGCUUCAUGUCCCUGCCGGCGUGGCGCUCCAACGAGAGCUUCAAUGGCAUCGAACUGUCAUUCAGGGAGAGGAGCCAGAGUUUCCGAGAGGAGGUGCUGCGUCACCCGUUCUUCCGUCACCCGGUGGCAAACCCGGAGGAGAUGGAGGACGUGGACGUGAUGGAGGACAUCAAGAAGAUGAUCGAGACUCCGAUCGCCUCGCUGUUCUCGACGAAGCGGAGGAAGGACCUGGAGGAGGAGGACGAGCCGUCCGCUUCGGUGCCGGAGGUGGUGGUCGAGGCAAAGCUCGAGGACGUGGAGAAGGUGAAGAAGAAGAAGAAGAAGAAGAAGUUCCACGCUCCGUACCUGACGGUACCGAUCGGCGGAGCAGGCGUGAUCGAAGAAGUGGACGAGAACAUCGGGUCCACGACCAACGUGGAGAUGAUCCGCCGGGUCUCCCGCGAGGUCGUCAACCGCGAGCCCCAGCCGGCCUCGAAGGGCAGCCCGGACCACCCCCCUGCCCCCGUCGAUCCCCUGCCCCGUAUCUCGGAGAAGGCCAACGAGAAGAACUUCGGCGGAGCCUCCAAACCACCUCCUGAGGCAUCCAAGCUGACCAAGAAGCCAGCGGAGCUGCACCGGAGCGACCCGACCCUCGCCACCAAGGCGGAGGCGACCCUCCACUCAAAGGGGGAGGAGGCGACGACCCUCUCCGCCGCCGAGGAACAGGAGAUCCGGGGGAGGUUCCGCAUCACGCCGAUCCAGGACGAGGAGACGGAGAGGGCCGAGAACCAGCAGCUGGACAACGCCGUCUUCGUCGAGAUCUCCCGGGCGAAGUCGCACGACGUGGAGAUGGGGAUCAGGCGGGAUGGGUCCUGCGACCAUAUCGAUGAAAGUCCGCUCCAUCCCAAACAGGAAGGAAUUGGUUUGUUUGCCGACGCCAGUUCGGUUCGACCGAACCCCGAAAUCCAGCAGACAACAAAGGCAUUUGACGAUCCAUGCCGCCAGCAGCCGGUGGGAGCGACAGGGUCGACCGUGACGUCGAUGCUGGCCGAGUGCGGGUCGGAGACGCACACGGACCUGGGCGCGACCCUCACCGCCCUCGCGUCCCCCACGCUUCCCCCGAAGGGGCAGCUCAAGCCCCCAUGCAGUCACAUUCAGCGGCAGGUGAUCCUCGAGCAGCACCUGUGCGACCUGAGCCUCCUGACGGACGUGCGCUUCUGGUGCUUCAACGUCUCAGGGUUCAUGUGGAUCAUGGGGACACUGACGCUGUACGUCAUGUACAAGGACUUCGCAGUGAGCCGCAACAUUGAGGAGCGGUUCAUCUAUGCCUUGUCUGGGAUCGGGCUCGGGGACCUCAUCGGCCGACUCUUCUCUGGCACCUUCGCCUCAUGGAGCUUCAUCGACUCCGUCCUCAUCUAUGCCCUCAUCCAGUUGGUGUGUGGAGCGGUGAUCCUGUACCACAUGGUGAUCGUGACGGUGGAGCAGCUGAUCUUCCUGUGUACUGCAAUGGGGAUGUGCUACGGGAUGCAGAACGUCCUGCUUGCCGUCGCCCCGGGGGAGGUGUAUGGACCCCGCAACCUCACCAUGGUCUUUGGGUACAUCCUCUUCUGGUGUGGCCUCGGAGCCCUGGUCGGCCCUCCCGUCGCUGGGUUCCUUGAGGCCAAGUACUCGUACGAUGCAGCCUUCAUCUUUGCCGGGGUGUCAACACUGAGUGGGGGCCUUGCAACGCUCACGUGCUUUUUCGUCGACCGGCACCACAAACGACGAGAACUAAAAAUGCGGAAGGACCAACAUCUGCUUUCACUGGUCAACUCCCCAGCCAAAUCACCAGCUCAUAUGCCAGCCGAUAUGCAAGACCCUCAUGUUGAGACCCAGCUUGAGAAGAAUAAUGGAAAAGUCUAACUGAAGACUGAGGCAUUGCUUAUCUUCCUCAUUCAGUCUCCAAUUUUUUUUUACAUCUCCUCUUUUGAAGCUUGUGACAGGGAGUUUAGCUGUUUUUGAACUCCCUGCUCUGUUUGAUCCUGACAA